AUGUGUUCAUCUGUUACUAAUGUCUUUGAGAUUGGAAAAUACGCCACUCAGCUACAAACUGUUGAUUCAUGUUCAUACAAACAAUAUGCUCCACCACCAAAAUCUCUUUUGAUUGCAACUCCUAUUGAAGCUUCUCAUGGCUUCAUUGUCAUUGCUCCUCAGUUGUAUACAGUGGCUGGACCUGAUAUAAGUGAUGAGAUAUAUUCAGUAGCUGCAAUAACAAAUUGGCUAUCAGAAGGACUAUGCAAGAUUCUUCCACCAAACAUAGAACCGAAUUUUCACAAGUUAGCCCUCAGCGGCCAUAGUCGCGGCGGCAAGACAUCAUUUGCUAUAGCUCUAAGAAAACAAAACAUCACAACUGAUCUAAAAUUUUCAGCCAUAAUAGGAGUUGAUCCUGUUGAUGGAAUGGAUAUAGGAAAGCAAACAUCACCACCAAUUCUUACUUAUGUUCCUCAUUCAUUUGAUUUCGAUAUGGCAACAUUGGUCAUAGGUUCUGGUUUAGGUGAUGUAAAAAGAAACUCUUUGUUCCCUCCUUGUGCACCCAAAGGUGUCAAUCAUGAGAAUUUUUUUAAUGAAUGUGACAAACCCUGUUGGUAUUUUGUGGCUAAGGAUUAUGGUCAUGUUGAUAUGUUGGAUGAUGAUACUAGAGGAGUUAGAGGGAAAGCUAGUUAUUGUUUGUGUAAGAAUGGUGAGUCAAGGAAACCUAUGAGGAUGUUUGUUGGAGGAGUUAUGGUUGCUUUCUUGAAAGCUUACUUGAAUGGUGAUAAUGGAUACUUGUUGGCUAUAAGAGACAAGAAGGUGAGUGUACCUGUUGAGAUGAAAUUUGAUCAUUAUGUAUGA